AUGUUAUUACAUGCAAGGAGGCUCUUACAACAGUUUGCUGUUGAUGUCUAUGUAAAAAUUGAAACAUCUAGGCUUGACUUCCAUAGGAAAAAACAAAAUGACGUCAGGACAGAAAUCUUACAGGGUAUUAUGGAUAGUAUAUCUGGGGGACAGCGACAAGGAAGUCAGAUUGGUCGAAGAGUGUAUCUUCCAGCUUCGUUUAUUGGAGGUCCAAGGGACAUGCGACGUCGUUACAUAGAUGCUAUGGCUUUAGUUCAAAAAUAUGGCAGACCAGAUAUUUUUAUUACUAUGACUUGUAAUACUAACUGGAAGGAGAUUCAGGAAAAUCUAAAGUAUGGAGAAAAUGAUCAGGAUAGGCCUGAUUUGUUUCAGAAGAGAGGUCUACCUCAUGCUCACUUGCUGCUGAUUCUGAAGCCUGAAUAUAAGCCGUUGAAUCCUGAAGCUUAUGAUAAAAUUGUUUCUGCUGAAAUUCCGGAUCCUGAUCAGCAGAGAUACCUGUAUUCACUUGUCAUCAAACACAUGAUGCAUGGUCCUUGUGGACAUCUGAACAAAGAUAAUGUUUGCAUGAGAAAUGGAACGUGCAGAAAUCAUUAUCCCAAGGAUUUCAGUGAAUACACUAUCCAUCCAGAGGAUAGCUAUCCACAUUACAGAAGAAGGCAAAAUGGUCGCGUUGUAAGAGUACGAAAUAAAGCCCUUGACAACCGUUGGGUUGUGCCGUACAAUCCUUACCUUCUUGCACUAUUUGACUGCCAUAUGAACGUUGAGAUUUGUUCAACGGUCAAGUUAGUCAAAUAUUUAUACAAAUACGUCUACAAAGGGCACGACCGUGUUAGCUUUCGUAUAAAUAGUGGUGGUGCUGCUGAAAACGUUGAUGAGAUCAAUGACUUCCAGUCUGGGAGGUGGGUCGCAGCUGCAGAAGCCUUUUGGUGUAUAUAUAGGUUUUCUUUGAAUGAAAUGACCCCUUCUGUUUACGCUGUUCAGGUGCAUCUUCCAGGCCAUCAGAUGAUUUCGUUUCAUAUGCAUUCAGAUCUUGCUGAUCUUUUGAAUCGUGCUGAUUUUAGCAAGACAAUGCUCACACAAUUCUUUCACAUGAAUAAGACCGAUAAGAUAGCUCAAAACCUCAAUUGCCUUUAUCGUGACUUCCCUGAGUUUUUUGUCUGGAAGCCUAAAACAAAAACCUGGACUCGGAGGAAACGAAGGACGGUGAUUGGCAGAUUGGUAACUGUUAGCCCAACUGAGGGAGAACGUUAUUAUCUCCGAUUACUUCUAUCUCAUGUCCAUGCUCCAAUGUCAUUUGAGCAUCUAUUAACUGUCAAUGGUAAGAUUGCCCUAUCAUAUAGAGAAGUUGCCUUCGAAAUGGGCUUGCUCCAAUCUGAUACAUACAUAGAGGAUGCUCUUACUGAUACAGCAACAUUUCAAAUGCCAUCCUCGCUUAGAACUCUGUUUGCGGUUCUCUUAAUCUAUUGCUCCCCCAGCAAUCCAAGGCUUCUUUGGGAAAAAUUCGAGGGUGAGCUUUCCCAGGAUUUAAGAAGAAACUCACAUUUUGACUGA